CAAUGCCGAAGUGCCGUGCGUGUGGUAAAUAUACGGCUAACGCUGAUUGUAUACGAUGUGCCAAGUGUACAAAUGUGUAUCACCGCGGCUGCAGCGGCGUACCCGCCGGGUCUACUACCCUAGGGUUCGCUUGCCCGAGCUGUAAGGCUAAACCCACGGAUGAUAUCUCAGCGGAAAGCUCCAGCCCCGGUGAAGAGGUAAUAGUCCCCGGAAAGGGCAAGGCUGAUCAUACCCGUAUGCUUUUCGAACUCAUCCAAGAGGUGAAGGGUCUUAGAACCGACCUGAAAGAUACAAGAAAUGAGAUAAAACAGUUCAAGGAGGAUCUACAAGCGUGCUGCAGUCGAAUAAGUUCAAUCGAGGAAAAGGUUCACGAGGUUGAAAAAAAACUCGAGACAAAAACAUUCGCCAAUGAUCACCUCGAGAGUACGGUAGCCGACCUGAGGUUGCAAUUGAAUGAACGUGACCAAGAGUUGCUGUUAAACGAUAUCGAAAUAGCUGGACUGCCAGAGGAGAGGAGCGAGAACGCCCUUCAUCUCGCCAGCGUUGUCGCUGUAAAGCUUGGGCUAACACUGGAGGAGCGCGACAUCGUGCACGCGGAACGGCGGGGAGCCGUGCGGCGCAACCGUGGCGAGGGCGAGGGCGCGUCGCAGCAGCCGCGACCGCUGGUCGUACGGCUGGCACGCCGCGCGCAGCGCGACGCCAUGCUGCGCGCCGCACGUGUCCGCCGCGGCCUCUCCACUGCUGACAUGAACCUCGCUGGAACGGUCAGGAAAGUUUACGUCAACGAACACCUCACGCGCAACAAACGGCAACUGUUCGGUAAGACCCGCGAGGCUGCUUCCCGUGCACAAUGGAGGUACGUGUGGACAAAAGGUGGACAGGUAUUUACAAGGAAGGAUGAUGGUAAGGUCGUAGAACGCAUUCGCACCGAAGGAGAUAUAAACAAAAUUUUUGGUCAAUAAUUAGUUUGGCUAUAAGCAACGCUAUAAUAAAUUAUAAUAUCACAACACGUAUCUCUUAUAAAUUAUCAGGCAUUUAUUACAUUUAUUUUAUACAUUUAUUCA